AGGAAAAAGCGGGAGAGGAACCCCUGCCUGUGAGGACCUACUGCCCCUGGCUGAAGGAGGUGAGUGAGUGGAACGGCACUUCUGGGCUAAGGGCUUGCUUGAAAAGGUGUUGGGUCCUAUUGUGUGCUGGGAGAGCGGGGUUCCCACCCAACCCUGGGACGGGGUAAGGUAGGAGUCAACAUCUUAGGAAGAGUUCCCUAAAAUCAGGAGGCUAGUUCAGCCACAAGCGAUGACCCAGAGCCCUUGACUAGCGGGUCCCAGGGACUUGGCAUCUGUUAAUAAGAAUGAAGUGUAUCCGUACACACCCCCUACAGGUCUGGACCGGACCAGGCCCCAGUGACAGCGCCUGCCGCCUGAGCUUCCGGCCAUGUACGCCUACAGCAGCCUGGCGCCCGGGCACGGCGCCUGGCCGCCCCUGCAGCCCCUCGCCUACACCUACCUGCCCGGCCCCCUGCUGCUGCCCUGCAUCCGGGCCCACACCGUCUGCGGCCGGCCUCCGGCCCCGGGCGCCGGCGGCUGGACGGCCCCGCGGGAAUACCACACUUUCCACGGCCCGGGCGCGCCGCCGGGGCCCGCGCCGCUCUGCUGGGCCCUCCCGCCGGCCUCCGCCGCGGCCCUGGCGCCGCCGCUCCCGGCGCCCGGCGACCCGGGAUCGUUGGCGCCGGCGCCCGCGGAGACGGCAGCCGCGAGCCGGGCGCCGUGGCCCGAAGGCGGCAGCCUGCGGGCGGAGCUGCGCUGGGGCCGCGUGGAGCGCGCGUGGGGCGCGCGCCUGGCGCUGCCGGACCCGGUGCGCCGCGAGCUGCGGCGCGCGUAUGGCACGUUCCCCCGCACCGACGUGCGCGUCACCUUCCGGGGCGGCGAGUUCCUGCUGGAGGCCGCGCCGCGCGUGGGCGAGCCCGAGGUCCGCGCGCGGAGGCGCCGGCCGCGCCCGCCCGCCGGCAGCGGCAGCAGCGGCAGCAGCGACGGCAGCGACAGCGCCCCCGCGCGGGGAGCGGCGGAGCGCGGCCGCCGGGAAGCGGGCAAAGGCCGGGGCUGAGCGCGC